AUGAGGUACAGUCUCCUGAAUGAGAAAGCCCUCUCGGCGGCGGUCCGGCGCAAACCGAGGCCAAAGAUCCGCCCGCCUCCGCCAUCCCGGGUCGUAAUCCGAGUAACAAAUCACAUAGCUCAUUUGGGCCACCCGAAAGAGGGCCCGAAACCCCGCCAGCUGCUGUCUUUGCCCCCGUUCCCGGGCCACCAUCUGCCCGGAAGGAAAUCGGCCUCCGCCCAACACGUCACCGCCGUUAGCUGGCUCAAGUAUUAUUUUGACGACAUCCCUCGUCCCGCCGUUCAGAAUCAUUUCAAUAAAGGCCUUGUACAGAUGGAAUGUUACCGAGGUCAAUCGGCUUCCAUGAGGAAGAUUAAUCCUAGUGAUGUCAUGGAGGAGGGUGACCGAGUUUAUGUCCCGGUAUCUGUUGCCGAAAGUAAAAUUUCAAAGAGGUUUGAUGUUAUCCCGAGUGGAACACUGAACCCAAAUGCAGAUGAAAUUGAGUAUUUAAGAAGGCUCGUAAAGUACAAGGACUCCGCUAUACUUAUACUGAAUAAACCUCCCAAACUGCCAGUAAAAGGUAGUGUGCCAGUUCACAACAGCAUGGAUGCAUUGGCAGCCGCUGCAUUAUCAUAUGAUUACAAAGAGGGGCCAAAGUUGGUGCAUCGUCUUGACAGAGAGAGUAGCGGGCUCCUCCUAAUGGGAAGAACUAAAGAGAGUAUUUCAUACCUCCAUUGGUUGUUCAGUGAUGUGAGAAAGGCGAAACCCUUGUCUAAGGCUUGGAAUGAUGCUUGUGGGGCAAUGUAUCAAAAGUAUUGGGCACUAGUCAUAGGUGUACCCAAGCAAAAAGAAGGCAUAAUUUGUGCCCCGCUCACAAAGGUACUUCUUGAUGAUGGGGAAACAGAAAGGGUCAUCCUAUCUCAUAAUUCAGGCUUAGAAGCUUCCCAAGAGGCAAUAACCGAGUAUCGUGUGCUUGGCCCUACCAUCAAUGGAUGUUCGUGGAUCGAAUUGCAUCCCCGCACGAGACAUAAACAUCAGCUUCGAGUUCAUUGUGCUGAGGCUCUUGGUACCCCAAUAGUGGGGGACCACAAGUAUGGGUGGUUUGUCCAUAAUCGAUGGAAACAAAUGCCAAGAGUCGAUUUUGAGCCAACGAGUGGGAAGCCUUACAAAUUAAAGAGGCCUGAGGGCUUGGAUGUUCAGAAAGGCAGUGUCUUGUCUAAAGUUCCCCUUUUGCAUUUGCAUUGCCGGGAGAUGGUACUGCCGAAUGUGGCCAAGUUUAUGGAGCUCCACCACAUGCAAAACCGUGCGGGGCCCGUGUGUGAUUCGAGACCGGAUGUGCUACGUUUCGUGGCCUCAAUGCCUUCUCACAUGAAAAUCAGUUGGAAUCUCAUGUCCUCCUACUUGGUGUAA